AUGAGAUUGAAACCCAUAAAUGAUAUAUUGAAUUUUCAUACGAUGAUUGAUCUCUUCUAUUGCUCUCACUUAUUGUUUUAUCUUUCCUUUCCAUUUCUUUUUCCCUUUCCUAUCCAUUUUUUUUUUCACUUUCCCUUAACAUUCAAUCACUUUCCUUUUCUUGAUACGGUAAUUUUGACGGUGCCAACUUGGGGAAGUAAGGAUGAAGAGGUUCAUGGGAAGGAAAAAGACGGAAGGCUUAAUCAUGAAUACCUUGGAUUGUACCCCCUGUUGUGUAGGAACAUGUGUCGAAUGUAUGCAUGCCAAUGUCGUCUCCCUGGUAUCUGUCCCCCUGAUGCGAUGCAACAAUUAACCGAUCACUUCGGAUACAAUCAGCUAUCCGCUACUCUUGCCCGAUUAAAGACUGAAAACUGCACAAUUCACUACGGGGUGUCUAGGUGUACAUCCGAAAAAUACAUACACAAAUGGAUACUUACAACAACUGAUACAGUAAUUUUGUGA